AAGAAAAAUAGAAUCAAAUGUCAACGCAAACAAAACUAUGUCAAAAUUAUUUCCAAAUUCUUUGUAAUAACAAAAACAAAUCCUCAUAAAAAUACAGAAAACCGAUGUUUUUAACUUAAUUAAUCAAUAUAGUGAAAAUUGGGCGUGAUGGCUGAAACGAAUAGUCAAAAUCCCAGUAAUGCAACAACACCUACAUCUGAAGAUAGGUCAAGCGGUAACUGGUGGGACACAUGGCUCACAUCCGCUAAGAGUAAGUCCGCAGAAGUAUAUACAAUGGUGAAGAAAGACUUGGCUGAGAUUGGCACAGCUGUCAAGAGCGAGGCAAGCCAUGUCUUCAAUUCAACAUCAACGGCUAUAGGAGAGACUUGGAAGAUGGCUGUACCCGAACCACAGACAAAUGCUAUGAAGAAAAGUAUCAGUAGCUUUAUAGGACAAGUGAGCACUGUCUUGAACCCUGAACCUGAUGAUGAAGACGAUACCGAAGUCAUUCUCUCAUCUGGUGACACCACUAUGCUCUCUACUUAUAAGAAAGAACUGGAAUCCCUCCAACGGGUCGACGCGACAUACAUAGUACCUCCAGACAGGCUCCACUUCACAGCCUGGAGAGAGAGCUUAGAGAGCGAUGACGUCAUCUCUCCCGUCGCAGCCGUCAAGAGACUGAACAACAGUCCCAUACUCAAGACCCAGUAUGAGAAAUUGGUCCCCGACGCCUGCUCACAUGAUGAGUUUUGGGAGAGGUAUCUAUUCCGAGUGGCGUUACUCCAAGACCGCCUGGCGGCCAUGUCUCGCAAAGUACCCGCAGAUUCGGUAUCUGACGAUCCGGUAUUGGCUCAUUUGCCGCAAGAAAUUACACCUAUACAGACGAGUCCAAAAAAAGUUCUCUCUGGUCUAACCGAAACCCCUGACGUAGACAAUGUUGUCGCCUGGGAAGAUGAAGAUUUCGCUAAUGACGUCGAGCUGACAGAGGAGCAGCAAAUUUUACUUCUAGAGGAAUACGAAAAGGAAAUAACAUCGAAAAAACAUAAGCAAACUAAAGAUGUUGCCAAUAACAACGCAGAUACACCCACAAAAGUUGCCACACUUAAAAAUAAAUCCCCGAAUAAAACAAAGUCCGACGAAUGUGGGAAUUUAGUUGAAGACUACUUUGGUGAUAAGGAAGUGAAUGAUGAUGCUAGCGCUAAUUCAGAUGAGAGUUGGGAAAAAGAGUUUGAAAUCGAAGAACCGGCGGCCCAAAAGGCCUGACUCUGGUCGCGUUUUUUUGACGAUUAGACCAAUCGGAAAUAGAAUAUGGGUAUUGGACUGGGCUCUAUGGAAAAAUUUACGUCAUAUCCUGAUUUUCUUUUUAAUUUUCGUUUCGUAUAUAUUUUGAAUAAAUUAAUUCGUUAAUAAGGAUCAGUGUAUAGUGCAGUAGGUUUUAAUAGCCGACUUCUGACAGUUAUUUACGUUUUCUCUCAUUCAAAUUAGAUUUCAACAGUUGUAUAUUAAUCGAUUUAAUAAUCAAUUUAAUUGAUUAGUCCAUUAUCAAUGCUUAAUAACCUUCUAGAUUGUCUUUGCCAACCUGUCAGUUUGACAGUUCACUGACUUUUUUGACAAUGAGCUGCAUUAAUUGGGAAGUCAAAUUGCGUCAUAGUUGGGCCAACUUAAAUAUAACCGUGUAUAUGUUGCAGGCUUCUUUUUGCAUCUUAAUAAGCCGUUCAUUUAAUAGCCUAGCCACGUAACUAAACACAGCUGUUUAACUAGCGGCCUGAAAGAUAUUGAGGCAGUUGAUCGAACAGCUAGGCAAAUGACUUGUAUCGAUGACGUUUCUUUACUUGCCUCGCCUGCUGACUGUUAAUUUAAAUUUAACUGUCAGUAUGGCGUCGGCAAACCACAACUUUGAUGGUGUUUUCCAAAGUUUAAUGUGAAUUAAGCUGUGACUGACUUAAGCAAUUUACUUUUUUUUUUAAAUAUUUACUAUGUCAGAUGUCACAUCUCUUUAUUAUCUGCCACAUGGUCUCUCUGUCGUACGAAUGGCCUAAGCAUUAGCUAGUUUAUUAAAUGUUUGUUACACUAUGCUACAGCUGAAUAUCUUUCAGGCCGCUAGUUAAACGGCGCUAUUUAGUUAAACGGCUUAUUAAGUAAGCUGCAACAUAUAUUUAAAACGAUUAUGAAAUUCGUUUGUUUUUUUUUCAGUAAAAUAAUCGAAUUUUAUAUAUUUUUUGAGACGUGUUGCGUCAAAAAUAU